GUGGAGUCUUCAUGUUACACUUCCCUUAUCUGAGUCACCACUUUCUUUGUUGACUGGAGAAUCCUCCUUUCCGGCUUUGUGCUUCCCUGCGACUCCCAACAGACAAACCCACCUCUCUGCAGGACUAGUAGGACGAGUGUUAACGGACACCUGGGAUGACGCUCCAGGAAUCAUUCCUCAAAGCAGUGGAGGAGUCGAAGGUGCUGAAGGAAAGACCUGGAAAAGAUGAGCUGUCUGAACUCUACGGUUUAUACAAGCAGUCCACUGUCGGUGACGUCGACCACGAACGUCCCGGGAUUCUCAACUUCGUAGGAAAACUAAAGUGGGAUGCGUGGAUCCCUAAAAAAGGGAUGACCAAAGAAGAAGCCAUGGCCGCCUAUGUUGCUGAGGUGGAGAAACUAAAGGAGAAAUACGGAAUUUAGCCCUUUUCUCUUCUCUAGUAUUGUUUUAUGUUCGCUGUGAUAUCUCCUGUGUUUUCUCAGUAGGAGCUUUAAACUGGAGGCCGCCCUUCAAGACUGAUUUUUUUUUUUUCCAUGUGUGAGACUUAAUUUGUUUAAAAAACCAAGAGAACAACUGAAGAUGCAUGUUUUUUUAAGGAAUAGUUGAACAUUUAAGGAACACUCUUUCCUCGCUGAAGGUUUAUUACUGUGUCAGUUUGCUAGUUAUAAAGCAAACAGGCAGCAGUUAGGUUUAAAUAAGCAGAGGAAGUGUCAGCAGGUCAAAUAAUCCAGUCGGGUUAGUUGUUUUCCAUCAGCCUCAACUCUCUGUGUGUUUCCUUAAAUGUUAAUCGACUCCCUGAAGUGCUAAUGCAGUGUUUAUAUAGAUUUUCAUGUAUAAACAGUUUUCGAGCAUCUGUUUACAGAGAUGCUGCCUUUGAAAAAUAAAGACUUGAUCUGUGGGCCUCA